AUGGAGCACAUCCGCACGCCCAAGGUCGAAAAUGUCCGCUUGGUAGAUCGAAUAUCUUCUAAAAAAGCGGCCCUAGGUACUUUGUAUUUGACGGCAACUCAUGUCAUAUUUGUGGAAAGCGCACCUGACACAAGAAAAGAAACAUGGAUUCUUCACAGUCAGAUUUCCACCAUUGAAAAACAGGCAACAACUGCUACCGGGAGCCCUCUGCUUAUUCGCUGCAAGAACUUCCAGCUGUUACAGCUCAUCAUCCCGCAGGAACGAGACUGCCAUGAUGUAUACAUCUCUCUGAUACGCCUUGCGAGGCCAGUGAAAUAUGAAGAGUUAUACUGCUUUUCAUUCAACCCCAAGCUGGAUAAAGAAGAAAGAGAACGGGGCUGGAUGCUGAUCGAUCUCGGUGAAGAGUACAAGCGAAUGGGCCUCCCUAAUAAUUAUUGGCAGCUGAGCGAUGUGAAUAGAGACUACAGAGUUUGUGAUUCUUACCCUACUGAACUGUAUGUUCCCAAAUCGGCCACGGCACACAUCAUUGUGGGGAGUUCCAAAUUCCGGAGCAGACGGCGAUUUCCUGCCCUUUCUUACUACUAUAAAGAUAACCACGCCUCCAUCUGCCGAAGCAGCCAGCCCCUGUCCGGCUUCAGCGCCCGGUGCCUCGAGGACGAGCAGAUGCUCCAGGCCAUCAGGAAAGCCAAUCCGGGAAGCGACUUCAUUUACGUCGUGGACACCCGGCCCAAACUCAAUGCGAUGGCAAAUCGUGCCGCAGGGAAAGGCUAUGAGAACGAAGACAACUACUCCAAUAUCAAGUUUCAGUUUAUUGGGAUAGAGAACAUCCAUGUCAUGAGGAGCAGUCUGCAAAAAAUGCUGGAAGUGUGUGAACUGAAAUCUCCCUCAAUGAGUGACUUCCUGUGGGGACUGGAGAACUCGGGCUGGUUAAGGCACAUCAAGGCCAUCAUGGAUGCAGGGAUCUUCAUCGCGAAGGCAGUUUCAGAGGAAGGGGCGAGCGUGCUUGUUCACUGCUCGGACGGCUGGGACAGGACUGCCCAAGCGUGCUCAGUGGCCGGCCUCCUGCUGGAUCCGCAUUACCGGACUCUGAGGGGCUUUAUGGUAUUAAUUGAAAAGGACUGGAUUUCCUUUGGUCAUAAGUUUAAUCACAGAUAUGGCAAUCUAGAUGGUGAUCCAAAAGAAAUCUCUCCAGUUAUUGAUCAGUUCAUUGAGUGUGUCUGGCAGUUAAUGGAACAAUUUCCCUGUGCCUUUGAGUUCAAUGAGAGAUUUUUGAUUCACAUUCAACAUCACAUUUAUUCCUGCCAGUUUGGAAACUUCUUAUGUAAUAGCCAAAAGGAGCGACAAGAGCUCAAAAUUCAAGAAAGAACAUACUCUUUAUGGGCUCACCUGUGGAAGAAUCGGGCCGACUAUAUGAAUCCUCUAUUUAGAGCUGAUCACAGUCAGACCUGGGGAACCCUUUGUCUCCCCUCAACGCCAUUCAACUUCAUGUACAAGUUUUGGAAUGCGAUGUACAAUCGCUUUGAAAAGGGACUGCAGCCCCGACAGUCUGUUACGGAUUACCUUAUGGCAGUGAAGGAGGAGACCCAGCAGCUGCAGGAAGAACUAGAGGCCCUGGAAGAAAGGCUGGAAAAAAUUCAAAAAGUCCAGUUGAAUCACACUAAAGUGAAGAGUAAGCAGAGUGAACCCAGCAAACACUCAGGGUUUUCCACCUCAGACAACAGCACAGCCAACACUCCUCAGGAUUACAGUGGAAAUAUGAAAUCAUUUCCAUCCAGGAGUCCUUCCCAAGGUGAUGAAGAUUCUGCUCUCAUUCUAACCCAAGACAAUUUGAAAAGCUCAGAUCCAGAUCUGUCGGCCAACAGUGAUCAGGAGUCUGGGGUGGAGGAUUUGAGCUGCCGGUCUCCAAGUGGUGGGGAGUGUGCACCAAGUGAAGACAGUGGCAAGGACCGUGACUCGGAUGAAGCGGUGUUUCUCACUGCCUGAAGUUUCCCUGUGGGGAUCCAAAAUAAAGGACACACAAGAAACACUUUCCAAAAAUAAGGGAGCAGUGCAAUUUAAAAUAAAAAAUAAUUCAAGAAAUGGCACAUGUCAUUGAGAAUUAUAAAAUGUAGCAAUGAAAAGGGAAAAAAAAGCCCAACUCUUAGUUUCUUUAGAUGUUGAAGAACAGGAAGUAGCCAUUUCUUUUAUCAAACAUAUAUAAACGAAAAAUUCCCCAUUUUAAAUGUUGUUCUAGACUCUGAAAGUUUUGUUCACUACGUAGUGCUGACCUCUUCCAUCACCUGAGUUAUCAUUACAAAUCUUCCUUGUCAUAGCAUGCAUCUGCUCAAAAAGUGCCCCGACUCCUUCUCCCCUCAAACCUGUUAUCCUCAGUCUUUCCCUGUAUUUCACUUCCAGAUAUAUAUUUUGUUUUCUAGAAUAUUUGACAUUGCCUUCCAUCCUGUUACCAGUAUUUCUAGUGACAGAGCACACUGUGGAAAUGCACCCCUUUUGGUUGGCAGAUGUGUCUCUAACUGAGGAGCUUUGUAAUUGCUUGAGCUUAUCUUUCAGGUUUAAUGAUCACUUUAACUUUUCCUUAA